AUGGAUGAACAGACAGGAACCUUUAAUCCGCGAGUACUUUGGCCAGAUGUAAUAAGGUUACCGCAAAAUAGAUGGAUUUUUACCUGCAAAGAGAUUAUUGAUAGACUUGGGACAGAUGUGCAUAAAACCGCUGAAAUGAAGAAGUUGAUGGAAAAAUGUCUCAUGUAUCUUUACUUCAUGAAGAAAUCGUUGAACUUAUUUGACUACACAUAUGUCGAAGCCUCAAUAUUAUUUUUUAGAUAUUGGUAUUACUAUGGACUGUCAUAUAACUUAUUAGACAGUAUACAUAUCUCCCAGGCUAUUUUGGUUACAGCUUGUAAAACAAUGGAGAAUAAUAGACCCAUCGAUGCUUACGUUAAGUCAACGUGUGAGUUUGUAACAAUACAUAAGAUACCAGUUGGAAAUGCCGGACCAAGGCCAAACAUGGAUAAACUGAAGUGGGAGUUCAGAGAUAGAUUGGUGAAGAAUGAGAAGAAACUACUCUGUCAAUUUGGGUUUGAUUUCAAUGAUGGUGUUGGAAAUGCACGUGAGCUAAUUGAAGAAAUAUUUAGCGGCUUUUAUCGAUUUAAUAGAGAUGAUAUUCUUCCAGAUGAAUUCAAAAAAACUGCUUUCCCUAAAAUUCUGCAGGAGUCCAGAAUGUUUAUUGUACAGGGAAUGACUCAGCCAGUGACUCUGCUCUGUGAUGGCUACAAGUUUGUUGUGAUGAGUCUUAUAUAUUGUGGACUAGAAUACAAAAGACUUGUAGAUAAAAACUUCAGGUACCCAAAAAAUUUUUUCUCUCGAGUUCUUCUCCCUUCACUGAAAUUCAAUACACAAGAACUUGUGGAAACAUUUAUGGAUUAUCGCAUUUUGGAAGAUAAUUUUUUUGAUCUAAAGAGUAAUAAAGGAAGUAAAUUGCAUAUUUCAGAGGAAAUGAUAAGGAAUAUAACGGACGAAGACAACGAUUUCUGCCAUAGCAAUGAAGAAUUGUUUGAUUAUGAACAUAUUAGAGAAGGUAACGUCAGUAAGGAAUUUAUGGAACACAUUCAAUCAAAAGUAGACGCAAUGUACGAGAAAUACAAAACGAAGGUCUAG